AUGCAAACGCUACCAAGUCCCCCGACGUCGAUCUCCGACUUACGUUGGCAGCCCGCUAUCGCUACUGUUAGCCUCGGCGCGGCACACCUCCACUCCCUCCCCUCCAAAAUUGAGGCUGCAGCACGAAAUGGUCAGCGGGGACUAGAGCUUUUCCACGAUGAUCUAGCGCAGUACGCCAAAAGUCUUAGCUGUCAAUGCUCCGCGGCCCGCACUGUUCGCGAAUAUGAGAUCGACGCAGCACAUGCCAUUCGCGAUCUCUGUGAUGAGUGGGGCUUGCCUGUAUUGGCUCUGCAACCCUUCCGACACUACGAGGGUCUUGUUGAUUUAGAGCAACAUGCCCAGCGGAUUGAUGAGCUGAAGCACUGGAAGCAGCUGUGUCAAAUACUGGGCGACAACCUGUUCAUUCUCAUUCCUUCCUCCUUUUUAGACCCCUCCGAGAUCACCGAUGAUCGAGACCGGCUCGUGGCCGAUCUUGCUGAGGCUGCCGAUGUCGCAUUCCCCGUACGCAUCGCCUAUGAGGCCCUAGCCUGGGGCACAUACGUGAAUACGUGGGAGGAGUGUUGGGACAUUGUUAAGCGAGCAAAUCGGCCGAAUCUCGGCAUCUGUCUCGACACGUUCAACAUCGCCGCUCGGGUGUGGGCUGAUCCAACUAGCCCGACGGGACGACAGCCGUUGCAUGCAGACCAGGAUCUAUCAAAGUCGCUGGCUCGGCUCGUCAAGGAAGUCCCGCCGGAGAAGGUCAUGAUGGUCCAGCUGGCCGAUGGUGAGCGGGUCGACCCACAGACGCCCUUCCUCCACGCACCGGGGUUGCCGAAGCUCUUAACCUGGUCACGGAAUGCGCGACUGUUCCCGUGCGAGGAAGAGCGGGGCGGAUAUCUGCCCAUACGUGAGGUUGCGGAUGCUUGUCUCCAUGGUCUGGGCUACACAGGAUAUGUGAGCAUGGAAGUCUUCUCUAGGACCGGCCACGAAAACAAGCCCUCGGUGCCAAAUGAGCAUGCCGCGCGAGCUCGCCACUCCUGGCAGCGUCUUCUCGAAAGAUUAGACACGAAGACUCAGAAGUCCGAUCUGAUAUAG